UCCAGCCAAAUAAAAAUGUCACCAGGUACAACAGUACUUACUCUGAUGGGGCUAAUAGAAGCAUGUGUCACAGUGGGGGAGCCAGCUUCUCUCUGCCAGAUACGGGGGAGUCCAGAGUUUCCUGUACUGUCUAAAGAAGGAGACGUGAUGAUCGGAGGUGCCUUUUCCAUCCACAGCAAAAUCACGCAACCUUCAUUUUCCUUUACAGAGAGACCAACAGCUUAUAAAUGUAGCAGUAUUAACCUAAGGGAGUUUCGAUUUGCCCAGUCUAUGAUAUUUGCAAUUGAAGAAAUAAACAAUAAAAAGGAUCUCCUUCCCAAUAUUUCUAUCGGAUAUCGGAUUUAUGACAACUGUGCAUCAACAUUAUCCUCAAUGCGUGCAGCGAUGGCUCUGAUGAACGGCCAUGAGCUGACUUUGGGAAAUAGCUGCUCUGGUCAGUCAGCGGUUCAUGCUAUCAUUGGAGAGUCUGAAUCUUCUUCAACCAUUGUCCUUUCUCGCACUACUGGACCGUUUCAAAUUCCAGUGAUAAGUCAUUCAGCCACCUGCGAGUGUUUGAGCAGUAGGAAGGAGUAUCCCGCUUUUUUUCGAACUAUUGUCAGUGAUCUUUAUCAAAGCCGUGCCCUUGCGCAGCUUGUCAAACACUUUGGCUGGACCUGGGUCGGAGCGGUCAACAGUGACAAUGACUAUGGCAACAAUGGGAUGGCCAUCUUCCUUUCUGCGGCCCAAGAGGAAGGAGUUUGUGUGGAGUACACAGAGAAAUUCGACAGAGCAGAGCCGGAGAAACUCCUGAAAGUGAUAGAGGUGAUCAAAAAGAGCACCGCUCGAGUGAUUGUUGGCUUUCUUUCCCAUGUGGAAAUGAAUAACCUGCUGGAGCAGUUGAGUCUCCACAACAUCACAGGGCGCCAGUUCAUCGGCGUGGAGGCCUGGAUCACUGCGGACAGCCUUGUGACUCCCACUAGCUUUAGUGUGCUGGGAGGUGCACUAGGCUUUGCAGUGCAAAAGGCCAACAUCAGUGGCCUGGAGGAUUUUCUAGUUAGAGAUUUCUGGGAAACAGAAUAUCUGUGCAAUGAGACAAACAGUGAAAGUGUUGCAAGAACUUGCAAAGAGAAUCCAGAUCUGUUUCAGCUUAAAGGUCAUGAUGAUGAUUUGGAGAUGUUGAGAUACCCCACUAAUAUUUACAAAGCCAUCUAUGCAGUAGCUCAUUCUCUCCACAGCAUCUUGAAGUGUUCAGAGAAAAAAGGGUGUAAUAAGGCUCCGGAGAUCAAGCCAUGGGAGGUGGUGGAGGCACUAAAGCAUGUGAACUUCACUAUAAAGAAUGGAGAUAGAGUGUGGUUUGAUAAUACUGGAGCAGCUGUCAACAGAUAUGAGCUGGUGAACUGGCAGCGUGGAUCAGACGGAUCCGUUCUCUUUAAACCCGUCGGUUACUAUGAUGCCUCCCUGCCCUCUGACAAAGCGCUUUCUCUUAACACAGAGGAAAUUAUAUGGUCUGGAGGAGGUAACGAGCUGCCUGUGUCAGUUUGCAGUGAAAGCUGUCGUCCAGGAACCCAUAAAGUCCUUCAAAAAGGAAAGCAUGUGUGCUGCUUUGACUGUGUGCCGUGUCCAGUUGGAGAAUUUAGCAACACGACAGAUUCUAUUGGCUGCAAAAAGUGCCCUGAAGCAUAUUGGUCCAAUCAGAACAGAGACGCAUGUUUACCCAAAAACAUUGAGUUUCUGUCUUUCACUGAGGUUAUGGGCAAGAUACUGGUGGUUUUUACUAUGUUUGGUUUGCUGCUAACUUUAAUAGUAGCCACACUGUUUUUAGUCAAUAAGGACACUCCACUGGUGAAAGCCAACAACUCUGAGCUCAGUUUCCUGUUGCUGUUCUCCUUGUCUCUGUGUUUCUUGUGUUCUUUAACCUUUAUCGGCCAGCCCACUGAGUGGUCCUGCAUGCUGCGGCACACAGCGUUUGGCAUCACCUUCGUCCUCUGCAUCUCCUGUAUUCUUGGGAAAACUAUAGUGGUUCUAAUGGCCUUUAAAGCCACACUUCCAGGCAGCAAUGUGAUGAAAUGGUUUGGGCCUGCACAGCAGAGACUCACCGUUUUGUUUUUCACGUUUAUACAGGUCAUAAUUUGCUUGCUAUGGCUAACAAUAAAACCCCCCCUUCCUUACAAAAAUAUGAGUUACUAUAAGGAGAAGAUCAUCCUCGAAUGCGCUCUGGGAUCACCUGUUGGCUUUUGGGCUGUGUUAGGAUACGUUGGAUUCCUUGCCUUGCUAUGUUUUGUCCUUGCUUUCUUGGCCAGAAAGCUGCCAGAUACCUUCAAUGAGGCCAAACACAUCACCUUCAGCAUGUUAAUUUUCUGUGCGGUCUGGCUCACCUUCAUCCCAGCUUAUGUCAGCUCUCCUGGAAACCUCACGGUAGCUGUGGAGAUAUUUGCUAUUCUAGCCUCAAGUUAUGGGAUACUGUUUUGUAUAUUUGCACCAAAAUGCUUUAUCCUUGUCCUGAGGCCAGAGCUGAACACAAAGAAACACCUGCUGGGAAAAACACAACGUUAGUUACUUUCAUAUGAUACACAGUCUUUUCUAGACUUUAAAAGAAUCACUUUAUUCAUUUAUGUUUUAGAACUUGCAUAUUUAUUCCCAAAAAUUGAAACAAUGUGACCAAUUUUUAUGUAAAACUGUAGCAUAUUUUCACAGAUUCAACUAUCUUUGAAAAUAAAUAAAAACCUUAAGACUCACUGAAGUCAACAUAAUGUCUCAAUACAUUUCUGUGAUGGUUUGAAAGCAGGUUUUUUGAUUAUUAUCCCAGUGGCAGAGAUUUCUAUUUUAAAUAGUCUAUAAUGCUUUUUCACUCUGGAGGUGGUAAAUCUGCGUAGUGUCUGACCACACAAUAGGACUUUGGGUUUUGCUUGGGAGAUAUUCUGGAGGCACUGAGUCUGAACAAAUGAAUUCCAGUGCAUGAGGAGAUAGGUGGUACCAGGUACUGAAGAGGAACUGAGGUGGAAAGCAUGCAUGUAAUAAUAACUCUGUACGAUGCAUAUGUUGGUGGGGGGGAAACCCAGAUAUAAGUGUUGUGACCUGUUAUCCAGUGCCCUAAAAAAAGCGACCAGAGGUCGGCAUAUAAUCUUCUUCGAUUGGGACGUGAUUUCCUCAUGAUUCGGUGGCACUGACUUUGGCUGAAGUUUGAAAUAAAGUUGUAACCUUUCAACUUAAGUCUGGCCUGCAGAGUUUUUGUUCCCAAACCAUCACAG